ACCCCAAGCUAGAGACACACAUUGCCCAAAAAAGAAUUCCAACUUUACGCACCGAACCUAGCCAUUCUCUUCUAGAAGUUUCCACAGCCUUCUGGUCCAUUGGGAUGACGAAUAUUUCCAGACGAAUCCACCCACGCCGGUAGCCUUAUUUCCCCUGCCAAGCACCGCUUGCAUUCCAUCAAUCACACAAGCGCAGUCGACGGAACUGAUCUGAUUCUUCCAGAGAAGAAAUCGCCGGAGAAGAAAAAAAGGCAAUCAAGAUUGACAACGCGAAGAAGAGAAAGAGAAGGGGGGCAGGAGACAAAGAAGAGAUGGGGGUGGACUAUUACAAGAUACUGGGUGUCGAUAGGAACGCCAAAGACGACGACUUGAAGAAAGCUUACAGGAAACUGGCCAUGAAAUGGCACCCUGACAAGAAUCCCACCAACAAGAAAGAGGCCGAGGCCAAGUUCAAGCAGAUCUCUGAAGCUUACGAUGUGCUAAGUGAUCCUCAGAAAAGGACUGUAUAUGAUCAGUACGGUGAAGAGGGGCUUAAGGGUGGUGUGCCACCGCCAGGUGCGGGCGGAGCUGGUGGUCCUGGUGGUGCAACAUUCUUCUCCACCGGGGAUGGGCCCACCACAUUCCGUUUCAACCCAAGGAGUGCAGAUGACAUAUUUGCAGAGUUUUUUGGGGGUUCUAGCCCCUUUGGAGGAAUGGGGGCUGGCUCUGGAAUGAGAGAUGGAAGGUUUGGUAGUUUGUUUGGAGAUAACAUAUUUUCCUCAUUUGGCGGUGAUGGUGGCGGCGUACCAAUGCACCAAUCAGCGGCGCAGAGGAAAGGUCCUCCCAUUGAACAGACUCUGCCCUGCAGUCUUGAAGAUCUCUACAAGGGUACCACCAAGAAGAUGAAGAUUUCUAGAGAGAUUGCUGAUGCUAGUGGCAAAACAAUGCCUGUAGAAGAGAUUUUAACCAUAAACAUCAAGCCGGGCUGGAAGAAGGGCACAAAGAUUACCUUCCCAGAGAAAGGAAAUGAGCUGCCAGGCAUCACCCCAUCAGAUCUCGUGUUCAUAAUCGACGAGAAACCUCACAAAGUCUUCACGCGCGAUGGGAAUGAUUUGGUUUACACGCAGAAGAUAACUCUGGCUGAGGCACUCACCGGCUACACGGUGCACCUCACCAUGCUGGAUGGCAGGAGCCUCACUGUCCCUAUCAGCACCCCCAUAAACCCAAACUACGAGGAGGUUGUCCCUAGGGAAGGUAUGCCCCUCCCUAAAGAUCCAUCAAAGAAAGGGAACUUGAGGAUUAAGUUUGACAUCAAGUUUCCCACAAGGCUGACUGCAAGUCAGAAGGGUGGCAUUAAAGAACUCUUGGGCUCUUCUUAGGAUGUAAUAUUAGGAUAUUAGUUUGCUUUGUUUUCCUGUGCUCUGUUUGGUUUGUUGGUUUUAUUUAUGCAGCAGCAUUCAUGUUUUCCAUUCACUUUAUUUCCAAGUACAGUACUCUCCAGCUUCAAUUCUCCAUCCAUGGUUCUGUCUUGAAACAAUUACUCCGCACAAUAGAAGCAAUAAAAGAAGAAAACGGAGUACGCUUCAUUUUCGGGAAUGUGUUAUAGGAGGCCAUUCUUGUACUAUCAGUCUUAGACUAUGAUUAUGAAUCUUCAUUUCCAUUGCUUUUUAUGCCAUGGAGAACCAUACAAUAAUGUUACUUUAAUCCC